ACGUGUAAACAUGUGUUCCUCGGAAUCGAUCGGGCGCCGUAUAUGAGGUCUGGUUGAAACUUGAAAGCAUACAUUUUAGUUCAAACUCCAAACCACGCUUGUUUUCGAAUACCGGAUCACCGGAGUCCGGAGGUCUGGAAGAACAUGGCGGCGGAAUCAAACAGUAUAGAAGUGAGUGGCAUGCAAUUCGGGUACGAUCUCCAAACGCCCCUGUUCUUCGACUUCAGCCUUAAGGUUCCUCCAGGAUCUCGGUGCCUGCUCGUCGGCGCUAAUGGAACCGGGAAGACGACUUUGCUCAGAAUUUUGGCGGGGAAGCAUAUGGUGGGGGGAAGAGAUGUCGUCCGGGUUCUAAAUUCUUCCGCUUUUCAUGAUACACGCCUUGUUUGUAGUGGCGACCUGGCAUAUCUUGGCGAAUCUUGGAGUAAAAAUGUUGGCUCGGCUGGUGAAAUCCCACUACAGGGAGACUUCUCAGCUGAGCAUAUGAUAUUUGGAGUUGAAGGAGUUGAUCCUAUUAGAAGAGAGAAGCUGAUUGAACUGCUAGACAUAGAUCUGCAGUGGCGGAUGCACAAGGUGUCUGAUGGUCAGCGUCGUAGAGUCCAGAUCUGUAUGGGUAUUCUUCAUCCCUACAAGGUUCUUUUGCUUGAUGAGGUUACUGUUGACCUAGAUGUUGUUGCGAGGAUGGAUUUACUUGACUUUUUUAAGGAGGAAUGUGAACAGAGGGGGGCAACAAUAGUAUAUGCAACACACAUAUUUGAUGGACUAGAAACAUGGGCAACAGACUUAGUCUACAUCCAAGAUGGUGUCUUGAGGAGGUCUGAGAAGCUGUCAGAAGUCGCUGAAUUGAAGACUUGUCCCAAUUUGCUAUCGGUGGUGGAGAAUUGGCUCCGGUACGAGACCCCUAUAGAGAAAAAGAAAUCUGAGAUCAACCACCAGGCUGCUGCACCUAAGAAAUCGUCCCCUUUCGAUGCUUCUCCCUUUCGCUCAUCUAGACACAUGGCUUAUUAUCGUUGAUGGGUACCAGUUCAACUUCUGUAAUGCAACAUGAGCAUAUCUUCUUGUUUGGGGAAAACACAAGGAAAUAAUGUGAACGAAAGAUAUCAUAUUUCUUUGUAAAUGUUUGGAUCUCAACAAAUGCUAGGGGAAGGAAGUAAAUAUAUUAAGGUGCUGUUCAAUACCAAUUUUUUAAAUUAGAAACAAAGUUCAGAAAAUCAAAAGAAGUUGUUUUCAGUUUUUUUUUUAAGUUGUAUUCAGUUUUAAAUAUACUAAGGUUUUAUGAAAUUCAUUCCACAUGGUACUCAUUUUUAGGAUUUUAGGAUCACUGCUAUAAAUGCAUGUAUGCAUUAUUUGUUUUGCAUAAACGCUGUAACGAGUUACUAGUAGUGAUGUAUAAUACGGAGUAUGAAAUUUCUUUAUGGAGGCAAUUUUAUCGUA